AUGACAGCAAUCAAUAUUACGCACGUUGGUGUUGUUGUAGGCUCCUAUACGUGCAGUAUCGCUCCACGUGGGCGGAAAUUAGCGACGGGAAUUGAUUAUUGUUCGCCGUGGUUCAUCGAAAUCAGUGAGAUCGGUGCAAUUAUGCACCAAAUCUUGUGUGAGAGGCUUUCCUUAUCCCUCUUCUCCCGGUUUUGCGUGCUCAUUAGCUAG